AUGCCUAACCGCGUGCGCUUCAACCCUAUUGUUCAAUUCAUUGAACCCGAACUCUUCAUUAAGGAAAACGAGAAAAAAAAAUUAAUUGGGAAGUUGGGAUUUACUUUACCCCCUGGAAAUACAAGCCUAGACAUUCAUCGCAACAAUGGUGAAGCAGCAGAAAACCAUGAAGAGGUAGCUAAUCGAAUUGUACCUGUUUCGCAACGAGAGGAUGUAGACCAACCUGGGGGACAUCCACUUCGCCGUGAAGGGGCAUUUAUAGCAUUAGACCUAGACGAUGCACAGGAGGCAACAUUUAUCCAGGAAGUAAACGCCGUGCGCCAGUUUCAAAUACCACCAGAAGUCUUCCAAGAACCGCAGCAAGCACCUCGCCCUGAAAGAUUCAGCUGCUUUGGUGAGUUUAUUCAAGAAAAAGCAACAAAUGAUAAGAAGCUGUAG